AUUGAUUAGUGUUGAAUGAGAUCAGCAGUAGGUAAAAAGUUUGUGGUCGAAUCUAUAUAUAGAUAUAGUAGACUGUAGAUUAUUUUUCGCGCCUGAAGUUUACUCGAAACGAGUCGUCGCGCAGAGGUGUGGAUACGUCGUAUGUGUAUACGUUAUAACGUAGCAUUGGUAGCAUAACGUGGUAAUAUGGUAUGAUAUAGCCGCGACAGGAAGAGUCGCAUGCAGUCGUGCUGGUGCUGUUGUAGAGGAGCAUAGAGGAGUGGUGCUGACUGCUGACUUAACUGCAGACUACAGUGACUACUUGUACUAGUCAGCUCCGCGUGCGCGAAAUCGCGAAUAAUCGGUGUGCUCUUGCUCUGUUUCUCUGUUUCGGCCUCAAUACCACCAGACAAACAUCAUCACCAUCACCAUCACCUCCUAUCAACUAACAGCCAUACAUCUGUGUGUAGAUAAAAGCCUCUAGUUUAUUUAUCGUGUAAAAAAAUAAAAACAUUCAAUUGACAUAUCCAUCAAAAAAUUAAUAACUAUUUGUUAUUAUCAUUAACUAUUAUGUUAAUUGCAAUUACGUGUGAUUCGGUUUUUAAAAAUAAUAACAACAAUGAAAAUUUAAAUUUAUAUUUAUUAUAAAUUGCUCAAUAUCAAGGUAAAGAUUUUAUAACGAUAGAUAAGAGAUUAUUAUAAAUUAAAACAUAUUUUAAUGUUUAAUUAACGUAUAAAUGAUGUUAGUCAUUAUCAAAGUGGAUUUAAAUAAGUGAUAAUUGACAGUAGAUAGGACAACUAUUUUUUAAUUAAUUAUUUAGUGAUUAUAUUAACGAGAAUGACGUAUUAAAUAAUAUAUAAAUUAAAAAGUGAAAGUGAUUGGUGUUUAAUGUUUUAGGUGGUAAAAAAUAUAUACAUAUAUAUAUAUAUGUGUAUGUAUAUUAUUGCCGCGGCUGUAACGUGAAUCGUGGUGGUAUCCGAAUAUUCACGAGUCUCAUCGAUCGACUGACGACUCACGACCGAGAGAAGUCGAGAGAGUAGAGCUGAACUGGAGCUAGAGAGCAUAGAGAGUACCACGGUCAGAGGAGGCCAGAGGAGACCAGAGGAAGCCAGAGGAGGCCAAAGCAGGCCAGAGCUCAACAGAACAGAGGAGGCCAGAGCAGGCCAGAGUACUGAGUGAACCAGAAGAGGAAUAAUAGGUGUGCCGCCGUGCCGCGACUUAAACUCCAUUCACUCACUUUUUAUCAUCCAGCAAUCAUCAGUCCUAGCUCUCUAUUAAUUUAACUUUCACACAUAACAUAAAUAUAUAUGUACAUUUAUUGGUAAUUUAACAAAACGAAAACUCGGCCACUGGUAAAUAUAUAUAUAUAUACAUAUAUAAAUGCUCAUACCGUCCUGGCCGUCUGAUAGCUCUACCUGUCUUGCAUCGUCUUGACAGUAUACGCAUUCAAUUCGAGAUAAGCUUUUACUAUUUACUCAACUUGGAUACCAUUACAACAUUUAACGGCUAUAAUAGAUAAUAGAUGAUAAUAAUAAUAAUAAUAAAAUAGUCCAUUGUUAUAUUUAUUGUCGAUCGAUGUCUUGAGUGGUAAAUAAUAAACUGUCAGUGGUGUGAUUGUGCUACGUUUUAUUUAUUUAUUUAUUGAGAGUAAAGUGAUGUGUCAGUGAUAGGAUAUCGUUAUACUUGAGAAUUAACACUCCACACAAUAAACAAUCAAUUAUUUAUUAAAAAUAACUAAAUAAAUUAUUUAAAAUGGAUUAAUUUCCUCGAGAGAUAUUAAUAUUUUAUUUUUUACAACGAACAUGUGUAAACAAAUAGUUAGAAGAGCUCGUAAAAAAUAUUCAAAUUUAAUGACAUUUUAAGAUACACAUUGAGUAUUAAUUUAUAUAAAAAAAAAAAAAAAAACAAAAAAAAAACAAAUAUACAUAUUUAUAUAUAAUUAUUGUAACGUGAUAAAUAAGUAAAUCCUGUAGAUAAUCCUGAAUAAUCAGGUAGUCGUGUGUCAGUCAGAAUGUUUUGUUUCCAGCGUCCAUUUACGCGCACAUCUCGUAACACGGUCACGACCCCUACUACUACAAUGGGUAAACAGCAGACAACGAAGAGCUUGAGCUCAAGAUUUAAUAGACGCGGUUCUGAAGCUAAAAGUGAGGGAUCUGGCUCCUCUUCGAUUCAAUAUAUCGAUCAAGAAAUUUCGGCGUCUACCAGCAGCAGCACCGAUACAUUACCGGGAAUUCAAACAGACUACUUGGAAUCAGAUCCGCUGUCACCUGAUCCAAUUCUACUUGUCACUGCAGAUGAUACCACUACAGCGACACCGACAGUGACAGCAACAACAGUGACGGUAAACGGGAUCCAAGAAGACGUCACAACUACGUCAUCACCGUUGAAACAACAACAGCAGCAGCAGCAUUUACAGUCACAGUCACAGUCACAGCUCCAGCCACAGCCACAGCUACAGCAAGAAGAGAAGCACAAGCAGAAGCAACAAAAAAAGGCUAACGGACGAUGGAGGAAAAGAAUACUUUUGCGUCUUAAGACUGAUUUACCAAAUCCAAAUUCAAAAAAUAAAAACACAAAUGGCAGUUUUUUUUCCCCAUUGUUGAGUAUACCGACGUCAUUUUCGUCCUCGGCGAAGAAUACAGUGAAAUCAAAAUCAUUGAUGACCAGAAGAGCCGUUGACUCUAAGACUGUUAAAGCGGGAGGUUUCAAGGCUAGUUCGGCCAAUGAUAUACCAUCAUUGUUGAAUGAAUUCGAUCAAGAUGAGGAUGAUGAUGAUGAUGAUGAUGAUGAUGAUGAAGAUGAAGAUGAUGAAGAUGAAGACGAAGAAGAAGAAGAAGAAGAAGAAGAGACAGGAGCUGAAGGAGGAGAGGAAGAUGAUAGCUGUGAAGACACUGAAGAAGGUUCAUCAGUACCGUCCAGUCCAGCUGCUGCCAUCUCCCUCGCUGGUUUACCACCCACUCAAGUGCCGUCUUAUUACUCAUUCCUUUCAGUAAAUGGUGGUGCGAUGCGACAAGAAACAACGAGCACCAGUUCGCCACAGUUAUCAACUGGUCUAACACCGGGCUCGAACAAUGAACGGGUAUUACCCUCAGAAACAGCUGAAACAAGCUCGGUGACAGAAGAAUGUUUACCUGUGGGUAUGAGUCUCAAGAAACUCGACACUCUGGAUCCACCAAGUUGUUUGCCUGCCGCACGUUCUUGUCCAAAUCUCGAACAACAGUCGAUCGGUUGUUCAUCUACCAGCGGUUCUUCUAGCCCUAGUCCAAGUCCUGGACCCACUGGACCGCGAUUCAAGCCAGUUGCCGAGGGGGACAUUCAAGUCUGCUAUCUAAAUCACGCAAGGACGGUCGUCAGCAAAAUAUUGUCCAGUAAAUUUCUCAGACGAUGGGAAACUCAUCAUCUCUAUCUCAACGACGCCUGCCUAUCAUCCAAAACGUUGACCGGAUUUAUUCAACAACCAAUACCAUACAGUUCCAUGACUGAAGUGUAUGCAGUCACAAGAUGGGAUCUAGCAAAUAAAUAUUGUCUACGAAUCGUAUUGCCGGAUGGAUCAUUAUUACUUCAAGCACGUAAUGCUUAUGCCAGAAAUCAAUGGUAUCAUUCAAUUCUUUGGAUGAAAUGCAUGUUCAAGUAUCAGCAUACAAUAUCAAUAAACCCAACAGAAGAUAUAAUUCUUAAAGAACUUAAAUCGAUGGUAGACUUUGCUCUGUGGACUCCUUUGCAAGACGACCGAAUAAAUGCAACGCCUUUGGAAGCGGUGGCAAAGCUUCUAAACGGUUCGCUGUUGAUAAAAAUGAACGAGAGCCAAGAUAAUAUAAAGGAGGAUCAAGAGUCAUGUGAAAUGGCAAGUUUCAACGAGCAAAGGAACUGGGCGGAAGCUGUGCUGGCAGUUGCUGAUCCGCUUUUAGAAAAAGCACCACUACCUCCAGUGUUGGCAAUUGCAUUAUCGCGGCUCGUUCUGCAGCAUCCAAAAUCAUCUCUUGUACCAGCAAUAACACCUGCAGUCACCCGUUACCUAAAGCAUAGUGUUGAAUCUUCUAAAACUCCAGAUAUGCGAAAACUUUGUCAAAUAUUUGUAGACGCUCUUUAUCAAAAUAGCGAGCAGUCACUCAGAGAUUACAUUAGUUAUGUUCACGGUCCUGGCAGCGAUUGUCCGCAUCCUCGAAUUAUACCAAAUUUUAUUUCUGCGUGCAUUGGUGGAAUAUUUAGUUUCUUUGAAGUUCCAAAGCACAGUCUUGACAUCAGCCAAGAUCUACCAGUUCCGCCGUUAGAUGCCUAUUUAUUAGGAUUAAUAAUAAUAUCGGAAUACUAUAACAGCAAAAUCUUUCUAAGUUCAGUAUUACAAGCAGUACCAUUUCCCGGAGAUGCAUUGAUAAAUAAACAGUUUCAAGAGUCAAUGAUGAAUAUUAUACUGUGUCGAAUUGUUCAAGACACACGUUGUGACGUUCACCGGAUGGUCUUACCAAUACGUGAGGAACGACGAGGAUGGAUUCAUAUUGUAGCUCCGUCUAGUCCAGGUUGUCCUGAUGAUGGUACUCUGUUUGGAAUAAUGUUGACAACUCUGCUGGGAUGCUGCAAUCGUCGUAAAAAGUUUAUCCAUUUGCUGCUCAAGAAAACUGGAAGUGCGUGUCUACUUAUGGCAAUAAGAGGAUGCGAUGCAGCCCAAGAAGCUCUUUGUCUCAUGCUAGAGUGGCGUAUUGUCACCAAUGAGGAAGACAAGGUUCAAGUUAUCUCAGCACUGCAGUCAACUCCUUCGGGUAAAGAACGUUACUUAGCUCUCUGUCAACGUCAAAGUAAUCUCCAGGAAUUGCAACAAAAAGGUGGUCCAAAGAAAUUAACUCUUCCGGUACGUGCUACGGAUGCUGACGUAGCACAGGUACUGGGUAAUGGUGCUCUCGGUGAUUUGGAGAGUCUCACUUUGGCAUUUACUUCAGUAACAUCUGCAUGCGCUGAACAAAUUAUAAAACUACCAUCACUUAAACAUCUAAACUUAUGGGCGACCCAAUUUGGUGAUGCCGGACUCCAGAUGAUAAGUGAGCAUCUUCCAAAACUUCAGGUCCUCAAUCUUUGUGAAACACCUGUUACUGACAAGGGCAUAUCUACCCUAGUAUCUCUUACAAGUCUUAAAAAAUUAAACUUAAACAGUACCAAGUUGUCUGCUCAGACAUACGAGACGCUCAAAAAACGUUUGCCAUCUCUACAAGAAAUUGACGUACGUUAUACAGAGGCCUGGUGACCCGAAUCCAUGCUUCCAGCUCUCAAGAUUAGAAAAUGGAAUAAUAAUUUACGCAAUAAUAUUAUUACUAGUACCAGUAAUAAUGAUAAUAAUAUUAUUAUUAAUAAUGAUAAUGAAGUUUAUGAAAAUCCUAAAAGACAAUUAUAAUUGUAGAAUUGAAUGGACGAAUUAAGUUUGAAUGAUUUUAUUGGUAAAUCGCGUGAAAGUUUUUUUAAUAAGUUUUAUAAUUCGAUGCCAAUUUAACUUUAUUUAUUUAUUUUUUUUAAGACUAAAAAAUACAAGUUCAAGUUUUUUAAUUAAUUAAUUAAUAAAUAUGCGAAUAGUUUAAUUUAAUAAUUAAUAAUAGGGUCGGCGUUGUUUUAAACUGUGGAUGGGCUUUCUUGGACAAUAUUGCCACGGACACCAGUCUGCCUAACAUUAUUAUUAAAAUUAUUAUUAUUAUUAUUAUUAGUAUUACUACUUUGAUUUAUUAAAUAUUUGUAUAGACUCAACAAGUCCGUGUGCAGUUUUAGUCUGAUGAAGAGAGAGACACAAUCGCAAAGUUGUCUUUCAACAGAAAAAAAAAAAUAGUGUAUUGCACACCAAGGAAGGAAAGUAGGAAAUUCCAAUCCACGCAGAUUGGGACGUCAUGUUUUCCUCCAUGGGAUGUAUACUAUUUUUCACCAGAUCUGCAUCUGAUUAAUGGCGCUUGCGCUUUAUUUUAUCAGCAGAGAAAAGUACGACUUUCUUCCCUCUAAGCAGGGCAGGCCCGUGAAAAAAUAUUCUGAUCAGGCUUGAUAUGAGCUGAUAAGGCCAUAUCAAAAUUUUUGAUAUAUUCAUAUCUGGCCUGAUAUGAUCUGAUAUGUCCAUAUUUGAUUUUUGAUAGGUCCUGAUCUGGCCUGAUAUGAAAAUUGGCCAUAUCAGGCCAGAUCAAGCCUUAUCAAUUUGAUAUGUCUAUAUCAGACUUGAUAUAGCUUGAUAAUCUCAUAUAUAAUGUUAUAUUUAUUUCUAAUAGGUCCUGAUAUGGCCUGAUAUAACCUUAUAAAGUUAUAUAUACUUUGAUAUACUUAAAAAAAAAAUCCCUGAUCAGGCUUGAUAUAACUUGAUAUGACUUUAUAUAGUCUGAUAUAUAUAUAUAUAAAUUGAUAUACCUGUGAAUAAAAAUCCUGAUCAGACUUGAUAUAAUUUGAUAAGCCUUUAUAGAGGUUAAAAAUAUCAAGUUACCUCAAAUUGUAUUCGAAAAGAUGUGUCAUGGAAGUUGAACACGAUAGAUUUUUUUAUACACAAUAAAAAUUUAUUGAUAUUUAUUUUUUACAUAUUUUUUUAAAAUAAAUUUGGUCUUUUACAGAUGUAAUUUUUUAUAGACAAUUUAUAUCAAAGCAUAUGUAGUCUGAUAUGGCCAAUUUCCAUAUCAGGCCUGAUAUAGUCUGAUCAGAAUAUUUUUUCACGGGGGAAUUUAAACUUUCGGUGCAGGUAUGGUGAAAAAAGUUAUUAAAACAAAUCCAGCGUCUGAGGAUGCCCAACUGCCUUAUUAAAAAUUAUUUGUGACCACUGCCAUACGAAAAAUGCACAGAUUUUUAUCAUAAAACCCGGAUUUAUUAAAUAGUUAAGUAUUGAAAAAAAAAAA